UCAUGUGUCUCCUCAAAGCAAACUUCUGCAUAUGAAUCUCUGAGAAGCCUUAAAAUGCUUUUGGAGAGGGGACAAAGGUCAGAUAGCAAGAACACCUCACACCUAACAGAGUAACCCACCACCACUACCCCAGGUGCCUGGCUUCCAGAGGUGAGACUGUUGUCUUACUGUACUUUCCAUGACGUGGGUCCUUUUCGAGACAAAGGCGGUGGGUAAAGCGACAUUUCCUGUCCCUGGGGGAAGGAGAGAGAGGAGAGAUGAACCGCUGCCAAGUGUGCACAUCUUUCGAGAGCACACACGCCUGCUUCUAUGGAGUUCUGCUUGGCCCAGACAUGCCCCCAAGGGAAUCAUGAAGCCACUUCCUCAACCUUCAGCACCUUCCAGCCCAUGAACCUGACCCAAGGGAGAUGCCAGGACUUGGGUUGUGGUGGCAAGCCCAGCAUGCGAGCUCUGAAGGCACAGGGGGUUCAGCUCAGCCCCAGGGCCACCCACACAAUGGACUCUGCCUCAGCCCCGGGAGCUGCCUGGGUCCUAGGGAAUGCGGACAAGGCAGAAGAGGUGCCUGGGAAAGGUGACCUGUCAUUGCAAGCCGAAACCAGAGCAUGGGUCCAGAAGACCCAGGCUCACUGGCUCUUGCUCCAGACUGCCCCUCUUUGGUUUCAUGGCUUCAUCACCAGAAGGGAAGCCGAGAGGCUGCUGCAGCCCCUGCCUCUAGGAUGCUAUCUGGUGCGCUUCAGCGAGAGCGCUGUGACCUUCGUGCUGUCUUACAGGAGCCGGACCUGCUGCCGUCACUUCCUCCUUGCUCAGCUAGGGGAUGGGCGCCAUGUAGUGCUGGGUGAAGACAGUGCCCACGCGCAGCUUCAGGACCUGCUUCAACACUACACGGAGAACCCCCUCAGCCCGUACGGGGAGAUGCUCACCCAACCCCUUGCUCGCCAGACAGCUGAGCCUGCUGGACUUUCCCUAAGGGCUGAAGCAGACUCUGGAACCAAAAGACAGGACCCAGACACCCAGCAUAGCCUCAUACAACAGGGACAGGCCCAGGCCCCAGGACACAAAGAGAAAGUGUGGGCCUCCCAACAGAAGGAGACUUCCCAGGCAUCCAGACCCAGGCCCCCCAUCCCUGCCAAGCCUCAGCUUCCUCUUGAAGUCUAUACAAGUCCUACUGCACGUCCUCAUCAGGCCCUACCCAUUAACCCCGUCUACCAGGAGCCUGAUGAACCCAUAGCCUUCUAUGCCAUGGGGCGGGGCAGCCCUGGAGACGCUCCUAGCAAUAUCUAUGCUGAGGUGGAUGGGCCAUCGGGAAUGGCACCUACUGGGCACCCCAUCCUCCGGCAGUGCUGGUCCAGGCCUAUCUCAGGAGGCCAGGUAAAGGGGAUGCAGGGAAAGAAAAGCUCAAGAAGGCCAGCAGGAAGAGGGCACCCUCCUGAAUAGUGGGCAAGGUGAAGCUCAGUGAGCUGAAGCAAGAGGGAAUGUUCCAUGCUGCCGAAAGCCUUGCCCAGCUCCAGGCCUGAGGCUGUUCCUGGACAUUCACGUGGACGUUGUCAAGCCCUACCUGCCCCCACUUCAGAGAAAAUUAAAGAGGACAGAUUUCCUUCAACCUUUCUCCAUCUCAGGCUGCCUCUUGUCAGACAGGCCUUCCUCAGACACAUGUGGCACUGAUCCCUGGAGAAGAGCACCUGGGAGCCCAUGUGUCACCCACUGCCUGUGGGCUCAGAGGAGGAGGCCGCCACUCUGUGCUCACCCUCACAGUUUCCCCACAGAGAGUUUCAGUCAUAUCUGAAUGUGGUAUUACUAUUAAAUGAGUCAGACUCUUUCCCCUG